AUAAGAUAAGGUGACAGCUUCGAGCUACCCCUCAAUGAAUCACCCCCCGCCAUAGCCGGCCUUCCGGUGCAAGGAGAGAUCUAGGUAGGUUGCCUUUGGCAUGUUAGGUAGACAAAUACUUAAAGCGAGUCAUCUAGUACCUGCUUAUAGCGACUUCCCACCUCAGCAGCAAGGUAGGUACAUGUAUGGCCAGGCAGGUACAAAUGUAGGUAUCCUGAAACACCCUAGGCUACGUACCUAGGUAGAGUUGUAAGUAGGCGUAAGGUUGUAGGCGUCCCAAGACAUCGCUGUCCCAGAAGCCAUGUGAUAGAAACCCAGCCUUGUGCCUAGUCAACGUGAAUCAUAUCUACGCAUCUGUACGGAGUACCUUACAUCCCUACCUAGACCUACGCGUACCGGCUUUCUCAUACAGCUGAGACAAGCAGGCAGCCAGCCAGCCAUACACAGAGAGAGACACUUUGCCAUCCAUCCAUCCGUUUCCUUGGCUGCGCUCUUCUUCACUGUGCUUUUCGUUGCCAACAUCAGAAUCCCGUACUACCUGCCGUCGUCUACACGCACCCUUUGUCUUCUGCGCUACCCGCAUACAAUCAACAGACAGACAUACAUACAUACGCCAUUCACUUAUCUUCCGAGCGCCCUAGUCCAAAGAACACAAUAGAAACAUCAUCAUGAACUACCUAUAUUCCACUGUCAAUACGUUGCGUGACAAGUAUACUCCUGUCACGCACACGUCAACCUUCCGCAAGACCGGCCAGAUCACCCCCGAAGAGUUCCUCGCUGCCGGUGACUACCUGGUCUUCAAGUUUCCCACCUGGUCAUGGGCUGAUGCCGACUCCGAGGCCAAGCGCGUAGACUAUCUCCCUCCCGGAAAGCAGUUUCUUGUUACGCGCGGCGUUCCUUGCAAUCGUCGCCUUGACGACGACUUCGCCGGAGAUGCUGGGCACGAAGAGGCUGUGGUUGGCGAUGGUGAUGAUUUCAAGUCCAAGGGACAGGCCGAUGACGAUGACGGGUGGCUUCGUACCGGCGGUCUGAGCAGUUCACAACCCCUCAAAGCCCGAGAUGUCCGGACCGUCGACGAUGCGGGCAAUGUAGGUGAUCGCCUAGAUGACGAGGACGAUAUCCCGGACAUGGAGGAUGAUGACGAUGACGAAGCCAUUAUUCCAGACACCGAAGCCCAGAAGAGAACAGGGGCCCGACGGACGUAUACGCUCUAUAUCAUGUAUUCACCUUACUAUCGCACACCACGUCUUUAUCUUUCGGGCUACGUUGAGGGCCAACCCCUUGCCCCGCAACAGAUGAUGGAAGACAUUGUGGGGGAUUACAAAGACAAGACAGUCACGUUAGAAGAUUUCCCUUUCUUUGCGAACAAUGUCAAGAUGGCCAGCGUGCACCCCUGCAAGCACGCAUCCGUCAUGAAGACGCUUCUGGACCGCGCCGAUGCUGCUUUAAAGCUUAGACGUGAUAAGUUAAAGUCAGGAAAGAAUAUCGGCAGUGAUCCGGGAAUGGAGGGGCUGGUCGACGAGAUCAAUAAGCUGGACGUUAAGAGCGCCGAAGCUGCCGCCGAGUCCAGUAGCGAUGACUGGGAAGAGGUUGAAGCCGAAGAGCAAGAUGUAGCAAUUCGCGUCGACCAGUAUCUGGUAGUUUUUCUCAAGUUUAUGGCUAGCGUAACACCGGGUAUCGAGCACGACUUCACAAUGGGUGUCUAAUGAAUAGGUUUCUUUCGGUGUAUUUGUUUCACUUGUCUCAGGCAGUGGUUGAGCCCAAAUUACCUGGUGCUUGGGAAGCAUCAUUUUGGCGUUUCGAGGAAUUUUUGAAUUUGGAGCGCUAGUUAUACAGGGCGGGAAUGGUUCUUGGUUUGGACAGUGAAGAUACACUCGAGAUUAGGUGCCGCGCGGCAGCAAGAUUCUAAGCCGCUGCAAAUAGAGUGAUUAACUCAUUUAAUGCUACGUGGGAUUAUUUCGUGCUAUGUGUCGAUCUUUGCGAGUUAUUGAUAA